AUGAACUCCCAUCAAAAAUCAGGCCGACGCAAAGAUCCUUAUAAUCCGCAGAUGACUGAGGAGACACUGCAGGCGGAAUCCUUUUCUCUAAGGAAAGCACGAAAACUGCGAUAUAGUGGGAUACAGUUUAUUAGCGCUGGGGAAAUCAAGCCAGAUGAUCCAGCAAUGCUUGAGGAAUUGGCAGAGUCCAUAGCAAAUGCUGAGAUGUUACGUUCAUCGGACUGCUCCCAUAGUGAUCUGAAGCCUUUCGAGUUUGCUCAACCACACUCAAAUACUUCGGGUCUUGAUAACCGCAAUCAGUUGCCAUGCCCUCGAGCAGCGGAUCGAGUUCCGAUGAAUCUGAUGAUGAAGUCGUUUUCACUGGAAGGAGAGGUGCCACCUCAUUCUCUAAGCAUGGUCAACCCAACCGAAGCAGACCCAGGUAUUGCCAUUCACAAGAUACUGAGAGCAGGGACAGGCCCUUUACCAAAUCUCCCGCAAUUAAGACCCGCAGAUGCUGAUGAGAUUGACAUUUCCGACGCGGUCAUAGCGGACUAUCUAUUGCACAUAAACGAGGAUUCGUCGGAUGAGGGAUACUCGCCUUCGGAGGCUGACCCUAUGCCACGAGGAAACAAAAUUGAUACCAAAAGUCAAGGACGUGCUUCCCCUAGUUCAGCCAUUAGAAACGGAAUGGUUAGCUCCGAUAUAUCAUCAGAGGAUUUCGCGGGUUUUCAUGCUGAAUCCCUAAACAACAUUCGAGACGAUAACGACAACGAACAGUCUCUUGCUCAAUCCUCACCGGAAUGUCGAGUGAACCAGCGACAGAUUUCAAAGUUUCUGGCCACAUCUACCUUAACGCUGGAUUUAGAUACGUACGGGGAAUUUGACAUUAUGGAUUUUGAACGCCCGAGUUUAAAAAAGGCAAAACAGAAAUACAAACGGGAACAAGUCCCAACGUUCGAUUUAUCUGACAGUGAUCUUGAGUGGCAACUGCAGGCAUCCUGGAAAAACGACCGCAAAAAAAAGGGUAAAGCUAAAAAGCAUCGAGAAGAAUUGCGCGCCCAGGGAAAACUUGGCUCUAAGCUAGGGCAAAUUAACCUGGGCGCCAAAUACUCAAAUGGCAUAGCUCUUGAUAACAUUAAGCGGGAAAUCAACGAGUUCUUGCUAUCACAGACUCAGACGUAUGUCCCCCCUGUUGCAUUCCACUAUCGUUAUAUUGGUUCCAAUCUUUAG